AUGGGGGGAGCAACGGGGGAGGACGGGCCUAAGUAUGAAACGGCGCACGAAGCGGGGGGGAACUCAGGGAGCGGGGCGACAGCGCAUGGGGCGGGGGAGAACGCGGGGAGCGGAGCAACAGCGCACAAUGCGGGAAAGGAGGGGGGUGAGGCGGCAACAGCGCACGAGACGGGGGAGGAGCGGGGCGAGAUUGCGACAGUGCACGGGACGAUGAGGGAGGGGAUGGCGGUGCUGAUUGACGUGAACGGCGAAAAGGCGUCUUUCGCCAUGCUGCAGCGAAACAGAACCGCACGGGUGGGCAAGCAGCAGUGCUCCCUCGCGCCCCUCAUAGGCUGCCCCUAUCGUCUAUCCCUCUUCCCCCCUUCAUCAUCUCUUCUUCCCGUGCCAACUCUUCCCCCUUUCCCCAUUCUCCCCUCCUCCCCUCCCCGCGCCCCCCUCUCCGCCCAGAACUGUGCGGGUGGGCAAGCAGCAGUGCUCCCUCGCGCCCCUCAUAGGCUGCGCCUAUCGUGUUUCCUUCGUCUCCCCUUCAUCCUCUCUUCUUCCCCUGCCAACUUUUCCCAUUUCUCCCUUCCCCCAUUCCCACCUCUCUGCCUCCCCCCUCCCCAUCCUCCCCUCCCCACCCCCCUCUCCUCCUCCCCAGCACCGUGCGAGUGGGCAAGCAGCACUGCUCCCUCGCGCCCCUCCUCAGCUGCCCCUUUUGCUUCCCCCCACUCCCCCCGCCCCUCUUCCCCUCUUCCCCCCAGCACCGUGCGAGUGGGCAAGCAGCAGUGCUCCCUUGCCCCCCUCAUAGGCUGCCCCUUUGGGCAAGCAGCAUCGGGCCAUGAGGUGGUGCGGGCACUGGCGGCCAACAGCGUCUCCUUCCUCUCCAAAACCGACUUCGCCCAGUCUCCUCUCUUGCCAGUGGUAGCAUCGCCAGUUCUGCUAGCCACGCACGCUUGCACCUGCUGCUCCAGGCAACUCUUUCCCCUCCUCCGCCGCGCAUUGCUCCCCGUCUUUCUCACUCUCCCCACCUAUCUUUCUCACUCUCCCCACCUAUCUUUCUCACUCUCCCCACCUAUCUUUCUCACUCUCCCCACCUAUCUUUCUUCUCUCCCCAACCAUCUUUCUUCUCUCCCCACCUAUCUUUCUUCUCUCCCCACCUAUCUUUCUUCUCUCCCCACCCAUCUUUCUUCUCUCCCCACCUAUCUUUCUUCUCUCCCCACCUAUCUUUCUUCUCUCCCCACCUAUCUUUCUUCUCUCCCCACCUAUCUUUCUUCUCUCCCCACUUAUCUUUCUUCUCUCCCCGUGCGUGCCCUGCAUUUCCUCCGCCCUGACAGCCUGGCGAUGCUGCUAGCCAUGGCCAAUGUGGGAGCGCACUCGCAGGUGCUGGUGCUGGACGGCACAGGGGGGCUCAUCACGGCUGCUGCCGCGCAGAGGAUGGGAGGCCACGGCGCCAUCUGCAGCGCCUUCUAUGCCUCGCAUGUGUCCCACGCGCCCUCCAUCGACAUCAUCCGCCAUCUCAACCUCUCGCUGCCUGCUGCCGCCAUGUAUGUCAGUGCCACCCCUCCCUCACUGCUGCCGCUGCCAUAA